AUGAGAAGUAAAAUUCUUUUACAUCUUCGGUUGGAGGUGGAGAAGGAUGAGAUUGGAAAACAUAUAGCAUUUACUUGUGAGGACUCAAAUUUGGUUGGAGAGAGAGAGAAACCCCAAGAAAGCCAAGAACAAUGGCCUGUCUCCCUAAUGACCGCAGUCGGCAUCAAGCCCAAUUUCGAAGAAGACAUGACCCAGAAAUUGGACCCACAAUAA